AUGCAUGGUCCAUGUGGUCAUUUGGAUCCAGAAUGUCCUUGCAUGAAGCACAAAGAAAUUCGUGGUCGUUGUAAGUAUGGUUAUCCAAAGCAGCAUUGUGAUGAAACAAGAAAUAGCAGUGAUGGAUAUCCAUUAUAUAGAAGAAGAGACACAGGAGAGAAUGUUACAAAAGCAAUCAUGGAUAAUAAAUGGGUGAUCCCAUAUAAUCCAUACCUUUCAUCAUACUUUGAUUGUCACUUAAAUGUUGAAGUGUGCUCUACUAUAGAAGCCGUCAAAUAUUUGUACAAAUAUGUGUAUAAAGGUCAUGACAAGAUAUCUUUUAGUGUUGUUCAGUCUACAGAUGUUAUGCCUGUCCAAGAUGAAAUACAUCAGUAUCAAUCAGGUCGAUGGGUUUCUCCUUGUAAAGCUGCUUGGCGCCUCUUUGGCUUUGACUUAUACGAAAUGCACCCACCAGUUUUGCCUCUUCCUGUGCAUUUGCCCAAUUCACAAAUUAUACAGCUUAGGCCUCAUGAACGGCUUACAUCAGUGGUUUCAAAUGACAAGUGUUCUAGGACUUGUCUUACAGAGUUUUUUCGUAUGAAUUGUGCAUUACCAUCUGGAACCGGUUGGUUGUACACUGAGUUUUCAGAGCAUUAUCGUUGGGAUGCAUCUAACAAACAUUGGUAUGAACGACGAAAUAAGAAAAUUUUCAUUGGUAGAUUGGCAUUUGUUGGACCUUCAGAAGGAGAAAGAUACUAG